UCAAGUUCCUCGUGUUGAAUUCGUUGAAAAAAAAAAAAAGCAAAAAAAAAAAAGGAAGCAAGAGGCUCGAUCUAUCCAUCCAUCCACGGAGAUCAAAAAUUUUGUCGGGAAGCUCGUCUGGUCCCUCUUUCCCCAAUUUCGACGGUUUUCGGAGCAAAAUCAGGAGAUUCGCCGCGAAAUACCACCGGAACGGGAGUUGUUCUUGCGAAACGUGCAAAUCUCCUCCUUCAGAUCGAUCUCUGGGGAGAUCACGCAGUCGAAAAGGCAUUGUUUCGAUCUAAAAAUUAUUAAAUUUGGUGGGAGAAAUUGGUGUCUCUUUGAAGGUAAUAAUAAUAAUAGUAGCAAUAAUAGGGUUCGAUUUCAUCGCCUGGAGAUAUGCCGGAUACCAGGCCGGUCCCGAGCAAUGCCGCUGCCGAUUCCUCCGAUGCUUGCCAGGAUAACCUUGAAGAAACCAUGUGGCAGGUAAAAGCCGAGGAUUGCAAGGGGGGAGACGAUGCUCACCGGAAUCCAUAUCCCGAUCGCCCUGGCGAGCCCAACUGUAUCUACUAUUUGAGAACGGGGUUAUGUGGUUAUGGGAGUAAUUGCAGAUACAAUCAUCCUGAUUACAUUCGGCAGGGUAGUGGUGAACUCCCGGAGAGAGAUGGUCAACCUGAUUGCCAGUUUUUCCUAAAGACGGGUACUUGUAAGUUUGGAGCAACCUGUAAAUAUCAUCAUCCACAAGACAAGCAUGAUCCACAUCCAGUUCAGCUGAAUAUUCUAGGUUUACCAUUGCGGAAGGAUGAAAAAUCAUGUCCCUAUUACAUGAGAACUGGACUGUGUAAAUUUGGAACUGCUUGCAAGUUCAAUCAUCCUCAGCCUACCAGCCAUGCAACGAUGUUACCUGUAACAGGACCCUCACCCUAUGGAUCUACAGGAUAUCCGGCAGCAUCUCCAUCUGGGCUACCUUUAAUUGCUGGACUUUCCAUGUGGCCUUUCUCAAGACCUCCUUACAUGUCUAAUCAACAUAUACAAGGAGUCCCUUGCAUGUCUCUUGUUCUUCCACCCACCCAAGGUGCUAUGCCUGUACAACAGGGAUGGAGCACUGACACGGGUGGUAUAAACAAUGUUGCCUCUGCCGGUGUUGUUGGGUCUACUCAGAUUUCCAACCCCAAGCAUCAUGCACAAUCAGGUUCCAGCACACCAGUAAAUUUCCCUGAAAGGCCUGAUCAGCCAGAAUGCCAAUACUACAUGAAAACUGGGAGCUGCAAAUAUGGAACUUCUUGCAAGUACCAUCACCCCAAAGAGAGGAACCAAGUGGCUAUGUGCACAAUUGGACCCCUUGGGCUUCCUCUAAGACCACCUGUUUGCACAUUUUACGGUAUGUAUGGAAGCUGCAAGUAUGGCUCAACUUGCAAAUUUGAUCACCCAUUCAUGGGUUACUACAAUUAUACCUUGCCUGCAUUCUCGCUUCCUGGUGUUCCAGACCACACUGUUCUCUUUUCCGACUCAAGGAAUUCACAGGCCAUGUGGAUGCCAUCAGAAGAUUCACCUUCCAAAACAAUGAGGUUGCUUGAUCAGCAUGUGAAAUCUGAGACAAGUGAGGAACCCCAGGGCUCAGAUGACAAUAAUCAUGGCAAUCAUUCUACACAAACUUCUCCAUCACAUAUUGCUCAUCAUUCGGAGUCCCCAGAAAAAUACUCUGAUUAACAUUAUCUUUUUUAUAUUUAUAUCAGUUCCUUCAAUGGAAAUUUUGGCAUCUCUGUCUCCUGUAGCACCAUUUUUGCCGGUGGCCAUGUAGUCUGCGUUGGGCUGUUUGAAGAUUUACACAGUGGGUGAUGAUGGGAGGCAAAAGGUCUUUUGUGCUGAAUAAAAUGCAGAAAAGAAUGUAGGCCCAGUUAUUAUUUGACAAAUUGAUGUCCUUGUCUUCUGAGAUGAAUCUGAGACUGCUGGAGGGAUGUUCUUGAUUUCUGUCUACACUUAACGUAUAGCAGGUCUGUCAAAAUAAUGGUGGUAAAUGGGACUUGCAACCACUGCUACAAAAAUAGAUUCUCAAACAAACCACAGAUAGAAAAUAUUUCUGUCAGAUUUACAUUGACAUAUGAACUGAAAGAUCAUACUGUCUGGCUUAGGCUGUUUGAUACUUCUGAAGUUAAUUAAUCAAGAUUUUUGAGGUUUUUCAA